AUGUCCCGCCACCGCAUCAAGUCCCUCGAAUACGACGAUGACGACGAUUAUGAAGACGAAGACUAUGACGAGGUCGAUCCCGCAGAGCAGGAGCAUCUUGAAGCGUAUACAAACGAAGUAUUGAAUGAGCUACGAACGGGCCAGCCGCCGGUCACUGCCUCGCGACAAGAGGUUCAAGAAGCUCUGUGGCACUAUUACAAUGAUGUUGCGAAAUCGGUGGAUUAUCUUCGAGGUAAGAAGGUGAAAGAGAUCAAGAAGGAAGCCGCACCCACGGCCAAACCAAAAGUCGCUACGGUGCCAUCCUACCCCACGGACAAUACACAGUCUCCUUUCGAUCAGUGUGCAGUACACUUCUCAGCGGCCGACUUUUUCCGUGAUACACCCUGGUUGAACGUUCCGCAACAUCGAAGGGCAGAGAUAUUUGUGGAACCUCUAUAUCCACGACUAGGUCUUCUUGGUGGUGCGUCGCAGGAAGGCAAAAUGUCGAAGCUGGCUGCCCUUGCGGCAGCACGUAAGAAAAAGACCGCCGAGAAACCUUCGACGACGGAAGGGCAGCUACCAAAUCAGGCUGAUGAAAAACCUACACCACGCUCGUUAUCUGAACGACUAGCGAUGAGUGGCUCCAAACCAUCUACCAAGUCUAGAGGAUUGUCAGCACUCUCCAAGGAGCGUCGUACUGCCAAUCUCAAGAAUCCUCCAAUCAUUUCAAAGCCUGAAGAUAAAUUUGCUAGGAAGCCAUCGGUCAACGAGGAGAAAGUCAACCAAGCAACGGAAAAACAGCAGCUGGAAGAAGUCGCUGACCUACGAGCAUACCCUUCAACGUUUGCAGCAACCAUCAUCGGGAAUGGGGCCCAUCCGACAACGCCUGAGCCUGGUCAUUUACUUAGCAGCAGUUUUGAUGUUAUGCACAUUUAUCAACAAGAUGUAACUGAAGCCUUUGAUUUUUCAGGACCUAGCCCCGAUGACAUUGUUUUCAAUGCACAGAGUGCAUCCAAAGGCCUCAAGUCAAAACAGGCUACUGCUAAAGCUACCGGGGGUGAUAAGAAGGCACAAGAUGAUUUGUCGGGUGGCAUGAAACAAUUGACAGUAGAGCCGAUUAAAGUAAAGAGCAAGAAUCUCGAUGUUUUGGCGGAAUAUCAAAAGUCGAGGCAGAAAAAGGCAGCGAAUUUCGUUGUUAUUGGUCAUGUUGAUGCUGGAAAGAGUACACUUAUGGGACGGCUGCUGGCUGAUUUAAAAGCUAUUGAUCAGAGAACCAUGGAAAAAUACCAACGCGAGGCCGACAAAAUCGGCAAAGGCUCGUUUGCUUUUGCUUGGGUCCUUGACCAAGGUUCAGAGGAACGUGCUAGAGGAGUGACUAUAGAUAUCGCGACAAACAAAUUCGAGACCGAUAGCACUCGAUUUACGAUUGUGGAUGCGCCAGGGCACCGUGACUUUAUACCCAACAUGAUUGCCGGAGCCAGUCAAGCAGACUUCGCGGUACUUGUGAUAGAUGCCGGAACGGGAAACUUUGAGUCAGGGUUGAAAGGUCAGACCAAAGAACAUGCUCUACUUGUGCGAAGUAUGGGCGUACAAAAGGUUGUGGUUGCUGUCAAUAAAAUGGAUAUUGUAUCAUGGUCGAAAGAUCGCUUCGAUGAGAUUGAGCAACAAAUUUCAUCCUUUUUGACAACGGCAGGGUUUCAACCAAAGAAUUUAUCAUUCGUUCCCUGCUCGGGAUAUCAUGGAGACAAUAUCACGACGCGCAGCAAAGAUAAGAACGCCGCAUGGUACACUGGACCGCUUCUUAUCGAAGCUCUUGAGACAUCAGAGCCUUUCUCGCAUGCCCUGGACAAGCCAUUGCGUAUGACAAUUGGCGAUGUAUUCCGCGGCGGUGUCCAGAAUCCACUCUCAAUAUCUGGGCGGAUUGAUGCGGGCUCUUUGCAAUUAGGCGAUGGUAUUCUGGUGAUGCCAAGUGGAGAGUCGGCCUUGAUUAGAGGCUUAGAGAGGGAUGGAGAGCCCGGCGAUUGGGCUGUGGCUGGUCAAAAUGUUACUUUGCACCUUGCCAACAUUGACCCGGCUCAUCUACGGUCUGGUGAUAUAGUUUGUAGUACCACCUCGCCGAUCCAGAAUAUCCAGAGUUUUACUGCCAAGGUCCUUGCAUUUGAUCAUUUGAUGCCGAUGCAGAUAGACAUUCAUCGAGGUCGACUACACGUUUCUGGCCGCAUCAGUCGUCUAGUUGGCACAUUGGAUAAGAGCUCUGGCGCAGUGACCAAGAAACGACCUAAGAUCAUCUCGCCCGGCUCAAUCGCAAGGAUAGUUGUGGAAAUGGAUCAACCGGUGCCGCUGGAGGCUCCUUCAAGAAUUGUGCUCCGUGCUGCGGGUAGCACUGUAGCGGCUGGACUUAUAGAGUGA